AUGUCGAAUAACUCUUCCCUAUAUCCUAAUACUAUCCAUUUCAAUCAAUCUUAUAUUGAUUACCAAUUCGAUUGGAUCAACUUCUCAGUUCCAUUGGCAGUUGUUCCAUGGAUUUAUAUUAUUCCAAGCUUUAUUAUUAUCUGUAAAAUAUUCAGAAUCUAUUUGAAAUCUAGUGAUACAAAGUUGGAAACCGAUGUGAAUCGACAUGUCUUCCUGGCUAUUUCCCUGUCGCAAUUUGCUUGUUUCGCAUCGUUUUUCUUCGAUUAUUUCAUGACAAGACUUCCAGCAACUGGAGUUUUCACUUCGUAUUGUGCAAGUAUUCAUCCGAAUCAUUGGCUCAAGGUCAUACUGUUUCUGGCUCUCUACACAAACUAUUUGUCUUUAGCUUUUCCUAUCUUACUUCCAUUAAUUCGCCUGGUGAUAGUCAUGUACCCGAAGUCUCACAGAAAGAUCAAUUCGAACCUGAUUCGAGCCAUCGUCCCGCUGCUCUCAGCCUAUCCAAUCUGUUUCACUUUCUAUCUGAUCCCAGCUCUCGGAGUCUGCAAGUCUUACGAGUACCCUUAUCCAUUUGGAGCUGUAUGGAUCUACUAUACCAACUCUUGGUUUGGACUUCGUAACUCGUAUUUCAACCUGUACAGUAUAUUUUUUUGGUUGGUUAUCUCUGUGAUCAUCAAUCUCGUUUUACUCUUCAAAGUGAACAAAGCGAAAUCUCAAAUUGUUCAAACAGCGGGUGCAUCGUAUAAAGCAGAGUUUUCAAUUACUGUAACGACGUUAGCAAUUAUAUUAUUUUAUUUGUUGAAUGGAGUUUUUGUGCUCUUCUAUAUAUUCGCCUAUGGAGCCAACUCCUUCACAUCGUAUACUGUAAUCAUCCGUCCAUUUGGAAACGAUAUGCAAACUUGUGUCAUCUCAUGGGUUUUCUUCUUAACCCAUCCAGUAUUUAAACGGAAAACCAUUUAUCCGUCUUCUACAAUAGAAAUCUUCCAUUCACAUUCUCAUUGA